AACAAUUGGAUAUUGGACGACGUGUCGUUCUUCGACUUGGGUCUUCUUCUUAGAGAACGAUAUCGGCUACAUUGGUUCUUUGGGGUUCGUCGGACUGGGACCAAGCAGAGAGUCAAUCGACAAUCAUCAAACUAGAUGAGCUGCUGUAAUUCAUUGUUUGUAUUCGGAGGUUCUGAGACUACACCGUUGGCUAUAAUUUCUCAUUGCAGUCUCACUGAAGAACUGGAAGCUCCGAUUGUGUGCAAUUCUUAAAAAUUCAGUGUGUCGAACACUUCUGGGAUCCUCCUCUGCUUGCUCAAAGGUGUGCGGAACCCGAAGGAAGGAAAGAAGAGAAGGAGAGCAUAAUUCAGAAUGCCUCAAGUAAAGAUCAUAGCGAAGAAUUUCAUGGACAUGGUGGCCUCCUUGCCCGCCAUGAAGCUCGACAAUCUCUAUGAGAAUGCAUUUAUCUGCGAAGCCAUUCUCAGGUCACUUCCACCUCUAGCCAAGAAGUUCGUUUUACAAAUGUUAUACAUUGAAGCUCCAGUAGCAGCCAAGUCCAUGGAGGAGUGGGUGCUUUCAGAUGGAGUCUCAAAGUAUAAGGUUGCCCUUGAUCGAUUGAUUCAAUUGAGAGUAUUUAUUGAGACUGCGGAUAGGAAAAGAGAAACAACCUACAGGCUAAAUCCAACAUUCCAAGCAAACCUCCAAAAGCUUUUAAUAUAUGGUGAAGUUCUAGCCAGGGAACCAAUGCCUUCAAAUAUAACCGUGAGGCUUCCAAGUUUGGAAGAUCUUGAGGCUUAUGCUCUUGAUCAAUGGGAGUGCUUCUUGCUGCAAUUGAUAAACUCAGGCCAAGCAGAGAAGCCAUCAAAUAUCAGUUCUUCUGUGAUGAAAGUUUUCCAGAAAGGCCUUCUAAGUCAGAGGGAUAAAGAAGCUCCACGACUAACUGAGAGUGGUUUCCAGUUCUUGUUGAUGGAAACAAAUGCACAACUUUGGUAUAUCAUCAGAGAAUAUAUAUCUAACUCUGAGGAGCGAGGUGUGGAUCCUGCAGAUUUGAUUUCUUUUCUGCUAGAGCUUAGUUUUCAUGUGACAGGAGAGCUUCAGUGGCUCUUCGGUGAUGCAGAUUUGCUUCUGAGAUUUGUGUGUUUGUUUCGGGGCGCUUUGUUCUUCAUCGUUUUAUCUGGAUUCUUGUAUUUUUGGGAGUUCAUCUCUUUUUUGCAUACCUACUAAAUUAGCUACAAAUCUUUCAAUGAGUUUGGCAGAUUCUUCUUCAAGGAAACAAGGAUUUGUUGUCGUGGAGACAAAUUUCAGGAUGUAUGCUUAUUCUUCUUCCAGACUACAUUGUGAAAUAUUACGUCUUUUUUCAAGGAUUGAGUAUCAACUUCCAAAUCUUAUAGUUGGAGCAAUAACGAAAGAAAGCUUGUAUAAUGCUUUUAAGAACGGAAUUACGGCAGAGCAGAUAGUUACUUUUCUGCAGCAGAAUGCACAUCCUCGUGUUGCAGAGAGAAUACCAUCAGUCCCUGAAAAUGUCACGGAUCAGAUUAGGCUAUGGGAAUCAGAUCUUAAUAGGGUCGAUAUUACUCCCGCACAUUUUUACGACGAAUUCCCUUCCAGGGAAGUUUUCGAGGCUGCUUGUGACUACGCCCGAGAAUGGAACGGGUUGCUAUGGGAGGACUCGAAAAACAUGCGGCUCGUAGUGAAGGCGGACGUACACACACAUAUGCGGGAACAUCUUCGUCGUCAAAAAUAGAUGAUAUAUAAAUGCUGCAAGAUCUGCAUAUAACCAUGGCCUCUGGAACUUCAGUUUUUGUUGCUUAAAGUGGGCAUGGGCUAAAAGAUCUACUUCAUAUAUGGGAAUGGUGAAGAACGCAGUGUGAGAAUUGUUGUAUGGGAGAGAAGAAAAUUGUGCCAUUGAGUUCAUUAGUGUACGUUUUUCCAAAGUCAAUUUUCCUCUCUACCAUGUGGAAGUUUGGUUAGGUUGAUUUCCCUUCAUUGGGACAACUUUUGGAAAAGAAAAAAAUAUAUAUAUUCAAUGAGGUGGCAGAAAAAUUAUCCAA